AGAAGGAAAUACUGGAAGGUGGGCCCAACUGACGCAGUGUGCAGGGAGGGUGUCACUGCUCCUACUCCAACGCUUCACUUCAUUCCUAGAUGCCGAAAACAACCGAGACACUGCAUAGACAAAAGCCAUACAGCCAGUGACCCAGAGAGAUGAACUAUAGAAGGUUACCGGGGCCAUUAUGAAACGGACAGCGAGCCCAGUGCUACACUCCAGUCGUCGGGGAUUACAGCGUGCGCUAUAAUCACGGUUGGUUUGUUUUCAUUGUGUGGUGAAUGGCGCAGGAGCAGAGGAUGCACGGAGCAACGCUGUGGCCAAGGCCAGCGUUAUUAUCAUUGAAGAUGUUUGACUAUCUGGCGGCUAGCACUGUCGUUUUCCCGUGCCGUAAAGAUUGUUGCUGUUGGAUCAUCAUGCUACACGCGCAAUAUCGAUGAGGACCGUAAAUGAAAACAAGGAGGAAACGCCUGGCUGCAACGCCAUGGAGGAUAAGGAGAAUAACCUAAAGACGGCCAGGAUAUGGAGGGAUGCAGCCCUCAGAUCCAGGAAACUGCGGAGUAACCUGCGACAGCUCACCCUGUCCUCCAAAAACAACCAGGAGAUUAUACUGCCAGAUGAUAUUGCCGAAAUAGAGGUGCUCAAUAUCGGUAAUAAUUUCCUACAGGAACUGCCCGAGGGCCUGGGAUCCAGUCUGAACAAUCUCCGUGUUCUUGUUCUCAGGAGAAAUAGGUUCACGGUUAUUCCCGGCGUCAUCUUUGAGCUAGGGCAGUUACUUGAACUGGACAUGAGCCACAACUGUCUAAAAUGUCUCUCUGAGGAUCUGGGGAAGUUAAAGGGACUGAAAAAGCUCUGUGUCAGUCAUAACAAAAUACAAUUUUUACCCUCUCAAAUUGGUAUGCUUAAGUUUUUGGAAGAGCUCGACAUCAGCUUUAAUGAGCUACGGGAUCUACCCAAAUCCUUCUCUAACCUCACUAAGCUGAGAACGCUGGAUGCUGAUCACAACAAGCUAAAUCAAUUCCCUACUGAGAUCCUUGGUCUCUGGGAGUUAGAGGAGCUAGACUUGUCAGGGAAUAAAUUUGAGAAAUUACCAACAGAUCUUGUAAAACUAAAGUCCACAAAAAUCUUAUGGCUCAGUUGCCUUCGUAUCAACACAUUACCAGACACUUUCUGUCAACUGCACAAGAUUGAGAGCUUAAUGCUGGACAGUAACCACCUACAAGUGUUGCCUCCUGCCUUCACCAAUUUGCAAAGACUGAAAAUGCUUAAUCUCUCCUCAAACCACUUUGAAAACUUUCCUGAGGUAAUUUUAAGUAUCAGAGGAUUAGAGGAACUUUACCUGAGCAGAAAUAAACUGACUUGCAUUCCAGAAGAUUUAGGGCGACUUGUGAACUUGGCCAAUCUGUGGUUGGACAAUAACAGCAUAACAUAUCUGCCAGACUCCAUUGUAAAACUGUCAAAAUUGGAAGAGCUUGUUAUACAGGGUAAUCAAAUAGCCAUACUCCCAGAUAAUUUUGGAAAGCUAUCCCAAGUGAACAUUUGGAAAGUCAAGGAUAACCCUCUUAUUCAGCCUCCUUAUGAGGUGUGUAUGAAAGGAAUACCAUACAUAGCUGCUUAUCAAAAAGAACUUGCACAAUCCCAGCUUGCUGUGAAGCCAAGACUUAAACUGGUUUUAAUGGGGAUGAAGAACUCUGGUAAAACUUUACUCGGGCAGAGUUUAGUUUUCAAGUCACAAAAUGUGACACAUUUCCAUGGAAACAAAGGAAUUGAAGUCACAAACUGGGUAGCAGAUAUAGACAGGUGUCUUACAUUUUUAGUGUAUGAUUUGUCAGGGAAGCAAAAUUAUGACCUCAUAAAGUCCUUUUUUCUGUCCCCUGGUGCUCUGUAUGUUCUUGUAGUAAAUCUCAAAAUGUAUAUGCCCAAGAACUUUUAUGCCCAUGUUGGGUAUUUUCUUCACCUCCUCUGUGCCAAAGUUCCUCAUGCCGUGGUGUGUAUAGUGGGCACACACACAGACGUGUGCGGACAAAUGGAAGUGGAGGAGAAAAGCCUGGACAUUCACAGACAGAUCGGCCUCCAGGAGCAGGCUGACAUAGAGUCUCUGAGAGGCCUCAUUCAGCAAGUGGACCUGGCUUUGGAACAGGGCUUUAAUGCCCGCUCUUUUAGCCCUCAUAUCCCUUUUUAUGGUGUGUCAGAUAGGAACUUGCAGCGCAGGAAAUCCCAGCUACAGUACAUGCUAAACCACAGACUGCAGAUCCUCUCCCCUGUUCUGACUGUUAGCUGUACCUGUGCACAGACCAACAUCCAGAGGCUAAGGGACAAGCUCAUGUCUGUUGCUGACCACAGAGAUAUUUUCCCCAAUCUCCACCGCGUGCUGCCCAAGUCCUGGCAGAUGCUAGAAGAACUGCACUUUAAACCCAAAGAUCUGUGGCUUUCCUGGUGGGACUCUGCACGUCUGGGCCUCCAGGCAGGACUAACAGAGGACCGCCUACAGAGCGCUUUGUCCUACCUACAUGAGAGUGGGAAAAUGUUGUAUUUUGAGGACAGUCCUACUCUCAAAGAAUAUGUUUUUCACAAUCUUCCAAGAUUUAUAGCAAUUUUAAAUGUGUUUUUCCAGAGAGAGGAAUCCACUCUCUUGGACAGACUUCUGUCUGAGGGUGAGAGGGGGGACAAAGGAAGGGUUAGCCUGGUCAUUGAGGAUGAGAAAGGAGAAAGUCUCAGGGUUACACAUCUGCAGCAUUUUGUGGAGGGGUUUCUUCAAAAUGGCCUUCUGCCCUCUAACGUAAUCCGCCUGCUUCUCAGACCACUCAUUCAGACCCAGCAGGACCUUCACCUCAUCAUGCAGCUCCUGGAGAAGAUGGGAAUCUGCUACUGCAUCAACAAAACUCGGAGCAAGCCUCUGAAUGGAGCCACAGUGUGGUACAGGUUUCCCAGCUACGUCAACAGUGAGUCCUCCAGCAGCACAGAGGGCGCAGCCAGUGGAGGCUCCUUCUGCCAGUUCUUCUCAGUGGAGCAGCUGAACAUUCAGUACUGCUUCCCUGUUUUCUUUCCUCCAGGACUCUUUGAUCGCUUCAGUGUGCAGAUAAAUAGCCAUGUCGUCCAAAGGUCAGAUGGAAGACAUCAAAUCUGUGCUUAUCGUGGUAAAGUCCCUGUGUUAAUAAGCCACCAUCCACCAAAAGGAAAAAUGACAGAGACAUUGUCCAUAGUCAGCCAUGCUUCCUUGCCUAACAUUUGGACUGCGUGGCAAGCCAUCAUGCCACUGGUGGAAGAGCUGAACAUUCUGCUUCAAGAGUGGCCUGCGCUCCACUACUCUGUGCAUAUCCUGUGUUCAAAGUGCCUCAAGAGGGGGUCAUCCAGCCCACAUGCCUUUCCAGGUGAACUUCUUAGCCAGCCUCGGCCGGAGGGACUCACUGAGAUCAUCUGUCCAAAUGGCACCGAGCGUGUGAAUGUAGCACUGAUCUACCCUCCGACUCCUGCAGUGAUCAGCCCCAGUCCCAAAUGACAGCAGUGCUCUACCAGUGGCUCCAUGGAUUUCCCAAUCUCCUGAGUCUACCUGUAAUUUCCAUUGAUGCUGGACAUGUAAAAGUGCUCACAUCUCUUAAAUAUUUGAGUAUUUAUACAAUAAUAAAAUAUGUGAACAGCAGACUUUGCAUGUUGUCAUAUUCGCUAUAAUUUUCAAUUUGUCCUUUGUCUUGUAUCCAUUGUAUUGAAGGAUUAUGGAACAGCACAAACAUCAUACUGGUUACUUCCACACAAUUCAAAGGCAGAUUGUAUUACCAGGGCUGUUUGACUCACUCAUUUGUUACUUCUGUUUCAUAAAUUCAAACCAUUACAAGACACCUACAUAGUGUCCACUCUGAACAUGUCUGUUUACUCUAUCUCUCUGUAUGGUGUACCACAAAAGACUAUGCAGUAAAGGCUAACUGCCAAGGAGUGGUCAGUGGAAUUUGUACUGAAACAGUUUCUGACCAAACCACAGAAUAAUAAUCAUGUUUUCUGUACAGUAGUUACUUAAAUUAAAUGUGUCACUGGAAUGAAGAGACAGACAGGUUUGUUUAUUCCCUCACUGAAAAAUAUGAACAGAGGGGGAGGGUUAUCUUCCUAUUAAUAUAUUUUUAUUUUCAUAUGUUGGCCUAGGGUGUGAUCAUCCUAGUUUUGACAUAUUAUCAGUGCAAUGGUGUGCAUGACCUGGGUGUAGGGGUGUUGCGAUUGUUUGCUGGUUUUAACAGCUCACAAAAUAAUACCAAAAUAAAUAAAUGGCUUUAAUAUGAAA